CUUUUCGAAUCAUCAAAAUGACUAUUAGCACUUCAUCCUCGGCUCCUCUCGUCGUCAUCGUCGGCACCACGGGCAACCAGGGUGGGAGCGUUCUCAAGCAUCUAGCAGAGUCAGACAAGAGCUACCGCAUUCGUGCUCUUACUAGGGAUGCCUCCAAGCCAAAGGCUGUAGAGAUCGCGGCUAAGGGUGUUGACAUAUUCGAAGUCGACAUCAAGCCGGACAAUUACGAGACCAUUGUCAAGGCUUUCACUGGUGCCAGUGUCGUCUUUUCUGUAACGAACUUCUGGGAGCACCUCGAUGCCCAACGGGAGACGGUAGAAGGCAAAGCUAUGGUCGAUGCAGCCCUCGAAGCAAAGGUCCAACUCUUCAUCUACUCUGGACUCCCUAGCCCGUCGAAGAUCAGCGACGGCAAGUACACGAAGAUAUUCCACUUCGAAUCGAAGGCCACCGUUGAUGACUACGGGCGCUCUAAGGCAUCAUCUUCCUUCGAGUACAAGACUAUCCAACCUGCAUUUUUCACGUCUGGUUUCAUCCCUGGUAAUGCCUUGAGCUUUUUUCAAAAGACGGAGGACGGUUCAUACGUCGUGGCUUUUCCAGUCACUGACGAGCUCGUAAAUCGAAAGACGAUUCCCAUCAUUGAUAUAAAUGCAGACUACGGCCUGUGGGUGCGCGGUACCAUCGAGAACGAGGAAUUGAGGAGGGACGCCCGUCCAAUAAUUGCUUGCGGCUCGGACAUGAAACUGCAGGCCUUAUGCGAGCUUUUGUCAAAGAAGACGGACAAGGAUGUUCACUUCCAGUCGCUUACCCCGGAAGUAUUCUUAGCCAACUUUCCACCUGGAACACCUUCUUUCCUGACUGAUGAUUUGAUUGAGUCGUGGGAGUACACCUUCGCCGUCGGCUACUGGGGUGACGAAGACUUGUACUGGUCACACAAAUACCUCGCUCGCAAGCCUCUAACAGUUGAGUCGUGGGCUGAACAGGCGGACUUGUCGCCUUUUAACUAG